AUGACUGAUCCUGCUUGGAAUGAAUUUAUAAAAUAUCCACCAACAACACCAAAAGGGCAUCCAGUUGCCGAAUGUAUUCACUGUAAUCAUAAACUAUCAGGCCAAGCACAACGUCUUCGUGCACACUUAGAUUCUUGUCAAAAAUAUUUAAGUUUUUUAAAUUCAAAUCAAAAUGAAUUUAAUUUAUUAUCUGGCACUAUUACUCAAAAAGACCCUAACUUACCACUUGAUCCUUUCUUGUCACGUCAAUUAAACCCUAUUGAAAAACAAACAAUUGACAAAAAAAUUGCACGCGCAUUUUAUGCAAGUAGUAUUCCACAUGCAUUAAUUGAAAAUGAUUUUGUUAUCGCAGCUUUAAAAUCACUUUGUCCUACUUAUAAUCCACCAUCCCGUUGGUUACUUAGCAAUAAUUUGUUAAUUAAUGAAUAUAAAGAAAUUAAAGAACAGAUUCAAAAAAUUUAUUCUAAAGAAAAAUUUAUUUCCAUCUCAACAGAUGGAUGGUCGAAUCAACACAACGAAUCAAUUAUUAAUUAUAUGACUUUAACAACACACGGUCCAAUUUUUUUAAAAUCAAUGGCAACAGAAACUCAUUCUCAUAAAGCUGAAUAUAUUGCAGAAGGAAUUCAAAAAGUUAUUUUAGAAUUUAAAGAAAAUUUUGUAGUUUCAGUUGUAACUGAUAAUGCAGCUAACAUGCAUGCAGCUUGGAAUAUUCUUCGUACCAAAUUUCCUUCUAUUCUUUUUUAUGGAUGUGCAGCACAUUCAGCAAACCUGAUUAUUUCUGAUAUUUUUAAAAAAUCUAAUUCUACUGACGAUGAAUUACAAUGGGCGCAUAAUACAUUAGAAAUAGCAAGUAAAAUUACUAAUUAUUUUAAUUCCCAUCAAGUAGUAAAAGCAUAUCUUCAUGAAACUCAAAAACAAGAAAUGAAUAAAACUGUCGCAUUAGUAAAUCCUGUAAAAACAAGAUGGGGAACUCAAUUGGCAGUACUUGAAAAAUUAUUAGAGUCAAAAAGCAAUCGCCAAAUUAGAAUUUUAAUUGCCGAUGAGGAUAAUUGGGAUAAUAUUUCAGUUUUGGCUGAAGUAUUGCGUCCAAUUGUAAAAUGUAUUACUAAAUUCGAAAAUGAUUCGGCUACUUUAUCUCUUGUUUAUAAAGAAAUGGCUGAUAUGAAAAAUUUGAAACACACUAUUACAAGUCCUAUUCAAAAUUCUGUAAUCAAUAUUAUUUCUAAACGAUUUAACUAUAUGCAAACUCCUAUAAUGCUACUAGCAUAUCUUCUUGAUGGCCGUUUUUAUCCGCAUCAUCAUUUUCGUCCUACAGUUCAUGCAUUAACUCAACUAUUUCAAGAAGUUACGCCAUACAUUAAUAAUUUUGUUCCUAAAUCUGAGAAUGAAAUACACGCUGGAUUAUAUAGAGAGUAUGGAGAACUAGUAACUCUUCUUAAUACUAAUAUUACUUUACAAGAAGCAGGAAAGAAUUACAUCCUCGUGACUGGUGGAAUGGUUAUUUAUAAAAAUAAUGAUAAAAAAAUAGGUGAGGUCGAAGAUGAAUCAAUAUGGUUAUCAGAUAUUGAACAAGAAGUUAACAAUGAAGAAACUAAUUUUUGGAAAAGUUUUGAUAAACUUGCUGAUCAAGUUUUUUAUGAUAGCGAAUAG